CCCUCAGCAGGAGCCCGUCCCCCUCGAGCUCCGGGCCGCCCACGGGCGGCGGCGGCGGCGGCGGCUGCGGCAGGGGGACCGGGGCCGCCGCCAGGGCCAGGGCCGCGGAGCUGCCGCUCGGCAUCGCGGCGGCGCGCUGUCAAUGGCGGCGGCGGCGGCGGCGGCCGGGUCAGGCGCGGCGGGCGGCUGGCCCCAUGGCGGACAGGGCCCGGGCCCUGCUCAGCGCGCAAACACCUUUCCUCUGGGGAGGCGGCGGGGCUGGCGACCGGAGCUGAGGAGCGCCGGGGCCGCCCAGAGACCGGAGAGGGCGGGGUGGAGGGGCAGGGGAAGGAGGACGAGGUUUUCCUUGUCUUGGACAACUCUGCAUGUUGAUUCAACUCAUAGCAAUAAGUUCUGGAGCAGUGAUUUCAACCGUGGAUCUGUAUCAAAGACAAGAAAGCCUUUCAAGAAAGGCAUAAUUUUGACUGAUUUACUACAUCUACACCCUUUUUGUGAUACCCCCGAAGGACAUAUUAUUUCAUGGCAUCUUAAUAAAGAUCCUACUGGAGUUAACAGAGUUGGUUCACAAGCGUAUUUGUCAGAAACAAGAGCCUUACAAGUCAAGAUCUUGCUCUCAGCACUCUUUCUACCCUACACGAGGUCCACCAGCUUCAGAUGCAAUGGGUUUUUUACAGUUUUCUCCCAACUUCUUGAAUGUAGCUGGAUAUGCCCUGCCUUCACAUGUCUUUUCUGGCAUUUUCCAGUGCUAGUGCAUGAUUUAAACAACAGAUACAGAAUAAAAGCUCAUGAAAAUGCCAGCCAUUUAUUGUGAGUUCCUCAUCUGCCUGUCCUCACUUUACGAAGUCGGACACGACAGUAAUAUGCCGCGUGCUGACUCCGGAAGCCCGGUGCCUGGCACCCAGGAUGGCUGCGCUUCAGCACUCCCGAGCCAAAGAUGGAGAAAAACCCCAAGGCCCAGCCCAUUCAGUGCAGUGGUCUUUGAAAGAAGCCAGUAACAGGUUUUUUGUUUUUGCACAGAGAUUUUUUUCAGUGUGUAAGAGAAAUUAGGACCCAGAAAUUUUUGGUCAUGCAGGAAAGAUGCUCUCUUCACUUUCACAGAAAUUCAAAGAUGUUACUGUUGGUUGGAGCUUUUAAUCAGAUUUGUGGUUUGAUUAAAGAAUAGGGCUAUCUCA